AAAAAAAAAAAAAAAAAAAAAGAGAGAGAGAGAGAAAGAAAAGAAAAAACUGAGAAGCGGAGAGGAACAGGAACACGGCGCGAGCUUCUUCACUAGAAACGUGUGAAAACACGGCGAGCGCUCGCGCACUGACCGGAUGUGCUUUUCUCGCUCAUGGAGAUUAACGUGAACGCGCUUCGAGCUGGAAAAGUGUAGAGUGAUUAGGAUUUUCGUGAUCUCGCGCGCUCGGUGUGUGUGAGUGUGUGUGUGUGUGUGAGUGUGUGUGUGUGAGUGUGUGUGUGUGUGUGUGUGAGCUACUUUGUGCUGAUUGAACUACUCGGAUGCUUUGAUCUGUUUGGGAAUUUGGUGCGGGUUUGAAGAGCGCGUGCCCGGUGCUGCUGCGCUGCUCAGGGCGCAUGUUGAUUUUUUAUCCCCCGUGAUCAGAGUUCGGUUCCCUCCACCUCCACCUCCAUCACACCUCCACCUCCACCUCCACCACCACCCCGAUGCUCCAGCAGCAGCCCUGAUGUGGGGGAAAAGUGCGGCAUGGCUGCAGGACGAGCUGGAGUCCGGGCUCAACUCUCUGCUCCUGCUCGACUGCCGCUCUCACGAGCUUUACGAGUCCUCUCACAUCGAGUCCGCCAUCCACCUCGCCAUCCCGGGCCUCAUGCUCCGCCGCCUGCGCAAAGGCAACCUGCCCAUCCGCUCCGUCAUCCCCAACGACGCGGACAAGGAGCGCUUCAUCCGCCGCUGCAAGAGCGACACCGUGCUGCUGUACGACGAGUGCGGGGAGAGCGGGGCGGCUGCUGCGGGGAGUGCGGGGAGUGCGGGCUCGGUGCUCGCGCUGCUCAUGCACAGACUCCGGGAAGACGGCUGUAGGGCCUACUACCUGGAGGGAGGGUUUAAUAAGUUUCAGACGGAGUACCCGGAGCACUGCGAGACCAAUCUGGACUCGUCGUGUCCGAGCAGCUCUCCUCCCGCCUCGGUUCUGGGUCUGAGUGGAUUAAAGAUCAGCUCCGACGGCUCGGACGGGGAAUCGGACCGCGAGCCGAGCAGCGCCACCGAGUCGGACGGCAGCCCGUUACCUAGCAACCAGCCGGCGUUCCCGGUCCAGAUCCUGCCCUAUCUGUAUUUAGGCUGCGCUAAAGACUCCACCAACCUGGACGUCCUCGGCAAAUACAACAUCAAGUACAUUCUGAACGUGACGCCCAACCUGCCCAACAUGUUCGAGCACGACGGAGAAUUCAAGUACAAACAGAUUCCCAUCUCGGAUCACUGGAGCCAGAACCUGUCGCAGUUUUUCCCCGAGGCCAUCAGCUUCAUCGACGAAGCUCGCUCUAAGAAGUGCGGGAUCCUGGUGCACUGCCUGGCGGGGAUUAGUCGCUCGGUCACGGUGACGGUGGCGUAUCUGAUGCAGAAACUCAACCUGAGUCUAAACGACGCUUACGACUUCGUCAAGCGCAAAAAAUCCAACAUCUCGCCCAACUUUAACUUCAUGGGGCAGCUGCUGGACUUCGAGCGGACGCUGGGUUUAAACAGCCCGACCUGCGACAACCGAUCGCCCAAAGAUCAGCUGUUCUUCACCACGCCCACCAAUCACAACGUUUUCCAGCUUGAUACGCUCGAGUCGACGUGAAAACACGCCACAAUGAAUGUUUUUGCCUCCGGAAGAAAGUUUAGAAACGCAAUUCGGGCAGCGUUGAAUCGUAAAAAUUGCCCGGAAAACUGAUUGUGAAAGCAGAACCACGGAAACACAGUUUUAGCCGUCACGGCAGCUUUUCCCGCCUUUCUGAAAUGGACUGUUCUCUUUUUUUGUUUUUUAAAAAUAAAGAGGAAACAAGAGACCAAAUGAAACCAGACGGAAACAACAGAAACUGAUUUGUCAUCAAGUUUUUACAACAACAACAAACUUCCUGUCCUGAUGGGUGCCAAUCUGGAAUUUUUUUAUUUUUUAAUUUAAUUUUUUUUAAAAAAACAGGAUCUUGAGAAAGAAAACUCGCUCUACGAAAUGUAGGGUUUGGGAUUUUAAAACAAAAAAAAACAAAGACAAACACAAAACAAAAUUAAAAUGCCAUACAUCUCGACCAACAGCUACAAUUUCUAAAAAUUCCUGAUUGUAUCUGACCAACAAUAACGGCGUGUCUGUUCAUGGGAAAUUCCUUGUUUUUUUUGUUUUUUUUAAUCGUUUGUUUUGACCUAAUGCGCUUUGCACAGAGGAAGCCUUUUACUCUUUUGGCACUUGAAACUGGUACACAAAUAAAAAGAGACAUUUCGAGGUUGUUAAGCUUGUUAACAAAUGGCUCUUAACGAACUUCCUCACUUCCUUCCUAACGAACGUGUUAAUUUCUUUACUGACUCACGCUCAGGCCUUGGCUCUCGUUAAUAUUCAGUAUCAGAACCUGACGCAUUUGAGCGUGUGCUGCUCGGGUCGAGAUCUUUAACCGAAGCGACGUUGCUGGUAAACGAGUGUUUAGGAUCGUUUUUUUAACUACUCUUGUCGCUCCUGCGUUAACAGGACGGCAGAAAGUGUGUAGCGAGAGCGUUUCUGCAGGAAGAAACAUUCGAUCGGAGUCAAAGGGACAUGUACGAGUUCGCAGGAUUGCUUUAACCGGCCUUAUAUAACCUUUUUUAAUUCUUUCUUAUUCUGACUGUUCAGUACUUAUUUGUAUCUCUCUUUAGAAAUCGUCAUAAACUUAUUAAAAUAUAAGUGUUCAUUUUUAAAGGAAUCAAUAUGUAGUAAUAAUGACAGCUAAUGGUCUCUAACGGGUCAGUCGAGGUUGUAUUUGUUACUUCUGCAAUAUUAUCCGAACCAACUUUGCAGUAUUUUAUACAGUUGAGAAAAAAAAAAAACGCCUCGGGUUUUUAAUUCCUCUUUUGUACAAGUAUUUCACAAUUUCACACUAAAACAUACCGCGAAUUUCUCAAUCCUGCUUCAGAACUGAGGGAGCUUUUCAUCCCGAAGUUAAACUUGGCAUGUGCUGAUAAUCGGUUAUGUGAUAUAUCACAUUAUUUAAACGUUUUUGUUUUUUUUUAAAUUUUUUUUUGGAUGCACCAAAAUACAGCCACAUUCAGACUUCUAUCUUUUGGAAUCCCAUAAUUCCGUUCACUGCGAGUUUGAAAACCACAACAGUGGACACGACUGUCGCUCCGACUGAGGAAUACGUAACAUGAAUAAUUUAGCGUCUUAUAGCUACAGUUUACUGAGUAAAAGUUGUUUGCUUUCAUUAAAAGUUAUUAAAUUGCACGAGUUACUGUAACACAAAACAUGACCACACUUACUAGCAUUAAUCACCACAUUAGCUUGUAAUGAGUUCACUUGCUUUUUGCUAACAGUGAAAUAUCAUGAUAUUGUUAUUGUAAUAUUUCACCGAAAUAUCAGCACAUGGCCAGACAUCACACAUCGCACAUCGCACAACACGAAUUCAUCACAUCGUAGUUACUAAUAACCGAUUUAUUUAUUUUUUUGUUCAGUAUACGAUUGCACCUGGUUCUGUUUAUAAACCCCACAAAUCUCAAUAUUGUGCUCUAUGAUAUUCCUGUGGCCUUUUUUUGAUGUAUUUGAAUAUAUCUAAUAUAUCUAUAUAUAAAUAUAAAUAUAUAAAUCUAUAUUUUAUGCAGAUAUGCAACUGUCUCCUCCUGAAUAAUUAACGAGGACGACCAUUUCUCAUGCUUGAAACGACUUUUUAUCUGUUAGGAAGUUAACGGCCAAUAUCAAAAAGGAAAAACGAGGUUGGAGACUCGAGACAGGCCGGAAUGGGAAUUUUUUACUUUUCAUUUUAUUUAAAACCGGUGUGAUUCCUCAUACAAAAAAAAAAAACAGCUCAUAAACACAACUGCAUUAAAAAAUACUAAUCAGUAAUGGAUUAGCAGACGUUCCAUUGUAAUGAUCCAUAAUAAUAAUAAUAAUAAUAAUAAUAAUAAUAAUGAUAAUGAGAGAUUGAUUCUGUGAACUGAUUGUAAGUGAAACUAAAUAUUAUUUGAAUCCCAAAAAAAAAAUAAUCAACAAGUCAGAAAAAAUAGUCAAGUCUAGAAAUAAAAACAGCUAAACAAUGCUAAAUAAAAUCACGGAAAACUGUCUGAAGAAUGUCAGUAACGUUAAGUGAGUCAGUAUUAACACACUCUCAGCUCCUGCUUCCUUUCUGUUCUCAACAUUUAGCACAACAAUGCAAAUUUCCAAAGGAUCAUAAAAAACGACUGUUUCUUUUUCCCAGUAUUAGCUAAAAAUAGCUUUAAAUAUAAACUAGCAUUGUGUAUAAACAUGCUAACACACUAAAUACUAUUGUAAUACACAUGCUUCACCACAAACCUGAAACCUCUAAAAUUGUUUUUAGCCUGUUUACUGUACUGCUACUUAACUUAUACAGCAUAUAAUAAACACGCUAACACAUGAACUAGUACUGUAUACGUUUAAUGUUAAACAAUAAUUAACAUUACAGUGAAAACGCUAACACACCAACUAGCAUUGUAUAAUCGUAUAUAAUGUUUUAUCCUGUUUAAUGUAAUGUUAUUUUGUGGCUAACUCAUUAGCCAGCAUUGUAGUAGACAUGCUAACACCAAAACUAGCACUUAAAUAAUCGUGAGUUCGCUAGCCUGAGCAGUUUUAAAUCGCUCUGUCACUCAUUUCUGGUGUAAUGUUUGGCUUUAAAAAAUUACAAUUCUAGUGUAUUUUUAAAAAGAAAGGAAAAAGUGAGAAUUACACCGGUUUAUCGUAUAUCGCUAACCCCCGCCUCGCCCGACUCGAGUCUUACGCCACCGUAAGGAUUGAAACUGAUUCCUGUACGAACUUUGUGUUUAUUGUUUAAUUAUUUAAAUCUAAUUCCUUGAUUUCAAGCUGCUUCUUUGUGGAGGAAUGUUCGUGUCUCUGUAACAGUAAAUACUUUUCAUCUGUAUUUUUGCCAGAAGCAUCGCAGAAGCUUCGAUUUCUGCGUAAAUUUUAUUGUAGCUAUAAAACGAGGAUGAGGCGGUUUUGAGUUUCGCGAGAGGAACAGAAAAACGAGUAAAUAACAAACGUGUGUAUCUUACCUCACUGAGGACUUUUUCAGGGAUUUUUUGACAAUGCGUCUGCGUCAUGUUACAGCUUCACUAUACCUGAUGAUUAGCUGUUUUAUAUGUGCUGUAUACAUUUUUUUUUAAAAGAUGCAAUCUAUAUAAUGUGUAUAAAGUGGGCUUGGUAAUGGGGAAGUUUGAAUUUUUUUGUUCUGAUUUAUGAAGGAUAUGAAAUUGUCCAUAUGUGUUGUAUAGUUGUAUGGAAACCAACACGAGACAUGUUUAUACAGCAAAUAAAUAUUGAAUUAUUUUUUUGGUUAA